UCAUCCUCACUUUCAGAUGGGAUUUCCCAUUAUAGAGACUCUAAUUACAGUUCUGCUUAUAUAGACUCCCAUGCCUUAUUGAUUAAUUUACUUUUCUUUCUUUUUUUUGCUGAAUAAUACAAACAUACAUAUUCUUUUCCUUUUUGACUGGACACCAACUUUUAACCUGGUUAACUAAAAAAAGAGUUAACCAGGUCAAACAGGUUCAUGUAAUGCAAGAGGACAUUUUAUUGUCAGGGGAGAUCCACUAAACGUUUCCGUUAUGGGUCAGCGCCUGAGCGAGGAGAGUGACCCGGACAAGGAAAUCGAUGUGGCAGAGCUGCAGGAAUGGUACAAAAAAUUUGUGGUGGAAUGCCCAAGUGGAACACUGUUCAUGCACGAGUUCAAGGGUUUCUUUGGUGUCACCGAUAACAAGGAGGCUGCAGACUACAUAGAAAACAUGUUCCGAGCCUUUGACAAGAAUGGCGACAACACCAUCGAUUUCCUGGAGUAUGUGGCAGCUUUGAACUUAGUUCUUAGAGGAAAGUUGGAACAUAAGCUUAAGUGGACGUUCAAAAUGUAUGAUAAAGAUGGAAGUGGAUGCAUCGACAAGACAGAACUUCUUGAAAUUGUGGAGUCUAUUUAUCGGCUGAAGAAAGCCUGUCAUGGGGAGCUGGAUGACGAAUGUAAUCUGCUUACGCCGGACCAAGUGGUGGAUCGAAUAUUUGAGCUGGUUGAUGAAAAUGGAGAUGGGGAGCUCUCGCUGGACGAGUUCAUCGACGGAGCACGGAGGGACAAGUGGGUAAUGAAGAUGCUGCAGAUGGAUGUCAACCCCGGGGACUGGAUCAAUGAGCGAAGACGCAGCGCUGACGAAGACGAAGCCUUAUAAGGCUGGAACAUGGACUGUCAGGCUGUUGCUCACACUUUUAAUGUGUGACCAUUCACUGUGUAAUUUUGUACAUAUGUGUUUAAUACGUCACUCUGACAUUGAAGGUAAUUAUGUCAUUCAGGAUUGAGAUGUCUUAAACAAAACUCAUUUGCUUGUAAACUGGCCGUGUUUUCUUAAACGUUCCUUAUUCAAUCAAACUAUGAAGCAAACAACCAACAGUAGUCUUGGCCUUAUGUACUGCUUAUCCGUGAUGAUCUAGUAUUGCUUAGCUAUUUGGGUUUUACAGAUGCUGCAACAAUAAAGCACUCAUUGUAUUUUCUUUCCUCAAUAAAGACACUUCA